ACUCCUCCUCCGCAUGCUGCGCCGUCUGCUGCCUGCGUCGCCGCUGCGUCUGCCUCUGCUUCAGCCAGUGUCUCGCCUCGCCGCUCCGCCGCUGCAGCUGCAUACCCGCAGCUACGCUCGCACGCAGCGCCCGCCGCCGCCGGCACGCAUCAUGGCCUCCUCCUCGGCGGCGGCCGUGCCGCAGCCCACCUACUCGUCCAUCCCGCCGCCGCCGCCCACGCGCGUGCUGGCGCCGCAGGAUGGCGCGCUCGUGUGGAUCGACUGCGAAAUGACGGGCCUCUUCCCCGCCACGGACCGCAUCCUCGAGGUGGCAUGCAUCAUCACCGACGGCGCACUCAACGAGCUCGACGAGGGCGUCGUGUGGGUCAUCAAGACGGACAAGGCGGUGCUUGAUGCCAUGGGCGACUGGUGUACGAAGCAGCACGGCGCCUCUCAGCUUACAGCGGCCUGCAUGUCGCCCGCAGCUCGCGAGCAUGCCGAUGUGCGUGCCGCGCUGCUCGCCUAUGUGCGCGCACGAGUGCCGCAUGCUCGCAGUGCCUGUCUGGCGGGCAACACGGUGCAUGCCGACGCUGCAUUUCUCAAGGGCGAGAUGCCAGAGUUGAUCGAUCAUCUGCACUACCGCAUCGUCGACGUCUCGACGAUCAAGGAGCUCGUGACGCGCUGGUAUCCCGCUCCAGCGAAGCGGUGGCAGGGCGGCAAGGGCGCGCAUCGGGCAUUGGAGGACAUUCGCGGCUCAAUCGAGGAGCUGCGGCAUUACAGAGAACAUGCGUUUGUCAAGCCAUGAGGCGCAAUGGCACAUCUGCAGAAGAGAUGCUCAAUGAGCAGCAGGGGUAUCUAUUGCACGCGCUUGCAGUCGACUGCUCGGUCAGAGUAGACAU